UGUACAAAAUUAUAAUACUUUUACUUAAAAAGCAAUUAUUUUUAGUGUAUACGUUGUUUUUUAUGGCGAAAACGUCAGCAAGAAUUGCCAAACACACAAGCUGACUGACGUCGUGCUGAUAAACAGUAUGCUCUAAAAAUACGAGUACAUUUCCACUCAGACACUGCAUAUAACAAAUGCGACGCAUGCGAUUUGUAAAGGAGAGUAUAGGUUUCUAUAUAGUAUAGUGCUUUGAAAUUUAUGCGUUUAUAUAAUCACCGAAGUCCGAACGACUUUAUAAUAAAAAAUCUAAUUCAUUUCAGUGAAAAAGUAUCAUAACUAAAUCAAACAGCAAAUUAACUGCAAAUAAUUAUUUUGCAAUUUUAAAGUUGUUUCAGCAAUAGUCAGUUGAAUAAGCCGACAGACUGUCAUCCAGUCAUUCAGCGAAUCGUUCAGUUUUGUGCGCAAAAUUGCAAUUGGAUACUUUUCCCUUUUUCGCGUUAUUUUUUUAUUUUAAUAUCUGCAUCAUUUUACAGUAUGUGUAAGUGUAUAUAAGUAUAUGUAUAUGCAUAUGUAUACAUAAGUGCAUUUAUGUAAGCGCUGACGACAACCGAGUGAAAUUCGCAUCGUAUUACUGAGUCGCUUUGGAGGCAGACGCGCUGCCAUGCAACCACACCUGACAGCUGACUAAAAGCAGAAACACUAAUUACAGCAGGAAACAAAGUUUUAACUUCACCUAAUUUGGGAUAUACCGCCCAGCAGUAUUGCGGACAACUUGUCGAAAGCGCGUAUUUUAGACGUUUGGACGUUCGAUUUCAAAAUUCUUGCUUUCUAAGAGGCGAAACGCUAGAUGAAAACACAAAUUAGCUACAAAUCAAUAUAAAUAGUCAACGCUGUCCAGAAAAGUCACCAAAGGCAGCAGCAACCAAGGUUGGAACCACAUGAUAUUAUGGCCAAGUGCCCAAAUUGAAUAAACGCUCAUUAAUAACAAGUUUAAGUGUCGGAAUUCUACUGUCUUUAUCGUAGACGCAUGUUUUAAGCAUAAAUUAUGAACAACAUGAAACAUGGAUUCUCCACACUCAAUCGGUGGUUGGGGAAAAAGAACAAAUCCGACAAGGCAACACCUAAUGGCAAACUGUCCAAAUCUAGCACAAACCUAAAUAGCUUGUCAGUCUCGUCCACGAACAUCAACGAAACUAGUCAAUUGGAAUACAAUCGUAUCACGCCUUUGCCGGCCGCCACCAGUAAUGCGCCCUUUGAACAGACAUUCCGCAUCACCGUACUUCUGCCGAAGGAUCAGCUGUACGUGGCGAGGUUGGGCGCACGAGUACCACUAAGCAAACUAUUAGAGUUAGUAUGCGAAAACAAGCUACUGGAUGCAUCAAAAUAUGAAUUUAGAAAUCCAGUUGAUUCGAGUCAAGUAUACAGCUGCGAAUUAACUAUUGGUGCGGUGGGUCUUUCUGAAAUUCGAUUAUGCAACAAAUCCGAAACGUAUGGAAAUUUUAAUGCCGAUGAAAUUAUAAAACUACAUCGAACGGCAAUCAUACGUGACUCUCUCUCUUCAUCAGAGUUCAGUAGUCGCUACUCAAAGCACACAACGAAAACGACUAGUCCAUACAGCUCAAGCAACUCGCUUAAUUCGAUGGACUCAACAGGCAUGAAUUGCGUUCGCACUCCUGUGUCUCCACCUGCAACCCUCACAACAGCAACAACUCCAUCCAUAAUAUCGGCUCCUCCACGAAAGAAGCGCGCUGCACCACGACCACCGAGUCAAACUGCCAUACCAGAGAAGACAGUGCUCGUGACCAAUGGUGAAACCAACGCAAAAGAUACGAACUCUAAUAUUGAUAAAUUAGAGGUGUUAGAAGGUUCUCUGUCGCAUAAAAAUCACUUCGUAUCGACGCCAAAUCUCUCUACAUCGCCUGAAGUGACCACUCUAGAUUCCAAUGGACACAUAAGCAGUCUGAACAUUGAUAGCAAACGGGAGUCCAGCUUAAAUGGUUAUACUAAUUUGGAAAUUGAAAUGGAGCAAUCACAGGUCAAACAGAAAAAUGCACGAAAUCUGGUUGGUGGCAGUGUACAGAAUUUAAAUAGUGCUGAAACCGUCCAACAACCUAUCGAGUUCCCAGAGCCAUCACCGCGUAAACGCAUGAUACAAAUUAAGAAAAAGACAACAGCGCCUGCACCGCCUCCCAGAGGUAGUUCAUAUGCAGAUUCGGAUACUCUUUCAAUCCAUUCAAUGUCUUCAUCUACUCCGGGUACACCUAUAAGUCCGCUAAUGCCCAUAUCGCCCGAACCUCUUUCGGCAAACACAAAUCUUGAAGUACAUAUAGAUCCCAAUAGCAAUAAUCAGCAAAUGGCAAAUGAAAUACCAACACCAAUGUUUGAGACAACCUCUCCUGUACCUAAACCCCUUCCAAGAAUAACUACCAAUGCGCCUCAAAACGACAAAGAUACGUUUAUGGAAAGCAAAGUUUCCUCUCCUACACCAACGAAUGUCUCCAAAAUUAUAUUGAAUCGUACACCAACACCGGAGCCCCGAUCCCUUUCUGCUGAGCCACAGGAUAGCGAUAGUUAUCUGGGUGUCCAUAUUGGUGCACUGAAAAAUACAUCCGAUUUAGAACACGAUCAAGAGUCUAAGCAAAUGGACUCGGGUAACUAUUUGAAUGCACAUAUAGCGGCUUUUAAAAAUGCAUCAAUUCUGGAGCACGAGGAUGACGCUUUGUCGAAGCAGGCUGAUUCAGGUAUCGGCGAGCCUAUACCGUCUCCGAUUCCCGACAGUUUGCCAUCAGAGAGUUCAGUAAAUGAUGGGAAAUCGGCAUUUGAGUCAAGCUCAGAUGACGACGACAUUAUUAAGGUGUAUAAUUUCAAGCUUGGAAAAACCGUAGUUAAAACGCAAAUAGAACCACAAACUCUGGAAGAUUUCGUCGUUUUAGCCGCUGAGGAACAGGUAGAAAGCGGAGAUAAUACAUCAGCACCAGCAACGCAAGAAGCAACACCUAAUUUCUCGGAUAGUUCGUCUUGGAACUUUACAAUUCCAAUAUCUCCUCCGCCUAAUUUUGCUGACGGACGUUUUGCAGAUGGUUUUGUAACUGAGAAGACUCCGGAUACGCCAAUCACCCCCAAGAUUAAAGAACGGCCAACGUUGGAUUUUAAAUCAAUUUCCCAAGCAGAGAGAUCUUUUACCGAAGCUGUUGGUAAUUCAAAUCAGAAACCAACGAACACACAUGAGAUGGAGUUCAAAAAAGAGAGCUUAGCUUUGCCAAGCCCCACAACCCCUUUAAAUGAAAUUGUGGAAGAACUUUCUGAAAUAAUUCAUAACAAGCGUUUGGACACCCUAAUUAAAAAGCCAGAAGAUGAACCAAAGAUACAGGCUGCUAAGCCAACUACGUUAUCCAACUUCAGUAUCACAACAAUCACACAACAGAUUCAAGAAAAAGAAAAUGAGGAUCCAAGUGAAGUUUCUGAACUAAACACAGAAAAUAGUGCGCCGAAUUUCAACUUUCAGCAAGUAACCAAUCAGAAUCAAAUCCCUUCAGAGAAGCUCGCUCACAUAGCUGGACAACAGAACGUGACCAACUUAGAUAGCCCAUCAGCACAAGUUACAUAUGAAAAAGUUGAUCAAAGCGGAUUUGGCUCCAGUCGUAGACGAUCGUCAGGUGAACUUAGUAUUGGUGAAUCGCCAUCCCUUCAAAGUCCUGAAGUCAUCAAAACGAUUCUAAAUUCACGGAAAAAUAGCUCGGCUAGUAGUAGUGAUGCUGAAACCAAAGUAGCUGAGGAACUUAAAAGGCAAGACGAAAAGGAUGUAGAACAGAAAGUAAACAUUCCCUCAUUAGCGGAGCCACCAAAGAAUAUAGUUAAUGCACAAAAACAAGUAGACACUAAUAUAACAAUGCCACAGUUUAGUGUCACUUCCAAUUUCGAGAGCACCGAGUCAAAAGAAGUACAGAAAAUGAAUUUGGUCAAAACAGCGGAGACACCAAAAAAUAAAAUUAAUGCAAAAAAGGAAGAAGAAUCAAGGGUUUCGUCGCCAGAUCACACCAAAUCCAAAGAGGUGCCUAAAGUAUAUCGGUACUCCGGACCCCCAAGCAUUAAUUUUUCUACUUGGAGUGAACGUCCAAAAGUACAAGUAUCCAUAAAAAAUGAAGGUGACUACAUUUUCGGAGGUAAGAAUGCCGACAGUCAAAGCGCGGCCGUUACAACAGCUGCGAUCGAGAUUAACACGCGAUCUCACAAUCGAAAUAAUAGAGUUUCAAUGCCAGCGGCAGCCUUUUGGGCGGAAAGAGAGAACGCACCGCCGCCUGUCGCUCCUAAGCCCAUAACACUCACAGAACGUAUGGGCAUCCCCGAGAAAGAAUAUCAUAUACCAAUGAAUGUUAAACCAUUACGCGAUGUAACAAUUGAAAACGUCGAUUUAAAUACAACUACUAAUAACAUAACUCAGCAGAGACCUUCGCCUAAUGGCCAAUGGAAAUCAACAAGUAUUACAACUGUUCUGCUAAAUGGAAACUCGGAAUUGGAAAAUAAUAAAAGUGAAACAGUCACCAAGCCAGCAUUUACAUCGACUUUGCCCCGCAGCAACGCCAGCCGAUUUAGUAUGCCGGCAGUUAAUAAUGUCGGUUCAGUGUUGCUCCGUUCAACCUCCAUCACCCAAUUGGAAGCUAAUAAGCCCAAACUCACUCAGUCUGAAGCUGUAGCGGCUCCAUUUGGUCAGAACACACUGCGAAAGACUGGGUUAAAAGAGAAAAUACUCGCAAACGAUACCUUACCAAAAGAAAAGGCGGAAACCGAAAGCAAUAUUCGAGAGCAAAUUCCCAAGUCUCAAAGGUCAAGCCUCAAAUCUUCUACUACUACUUCCAAUGGUUUCGUAGGUAUGACAAAUGUAACAACAACGUCGGAAACAAAAAAAGUCCACCAAAAACCGGUGCAAAGUGCCAAAUUAGAACUAAAGCUUCAGAAUUCGUCCAGCGUCUAUUUAAACAGAACGAGCUUCAAUCCAGCAACAAACAUCACAACGACAACAAAGACUCAGUCAGACGUAAAAUCUACGUCCUUAGUACCACCACCACCACCAACGCCUCCUAAAGGUGUAACGCUAUCCACACCAAAUAGUAGCCCUGCAACUACGCCCAGCAGUACAGAUCCCAGAGAUCAACUACUGAUGGCAAUACGCAACUUUAAGCGUGAUAAUCUAAAUCGUAUUUGAGGAAGCACGAAGGAGAUAUUUUAUAUUAAUAACAACACAUGUUGGACACAAUAGUCACAAAGAGCUGGACUGAAAUCAUGUAAAAUAUUAUUGUAAAUGUGUUUUUAUAAAUAAUGUAUUUUAUAAGAACUAUAGGAAACGAUUUAAGCCGAAGUCAACUAAUUUUAUUAGCAUAGUUUAAGAUAUAGGGAAAGCCAGGCGCUCGUCUUCAGAACCACAAACACAAUUGUGAAAUAGUUGUGUCAAAUGCUGGAAGCCCAAUGUCUUCUCAAAUACAAUAUGGAAUAAUUAAAGCUACUAUAUUAUAUAAAUGCACAAAUUAUGAUAGGAUAACACACAUAUAAAUAUACAAAUACGAAAUUUAAUAUUCACUUGAAUGAUAACAAUAAUCGACUACUGUAUAUUAGCAAAGUCCUUUGUGACUGAGCAAAAACUCUAACCAAAUGUUUUUCAUCAGUCUGUCUACCGAAAAGAUGCCAGUUCUGAUGGUUUUCGUUUAGUUAACUGGCAUAUCACGUGUCCCAUACGUUCGUAAAUAUUCUGUAAAUUAUAAUCUAUAUUCUAAUUAACGUAUGAAUGGACAUAUAUAUCUGCGUUUUAUUUAUAUUUACUUGUUUUACCUAUAUGUAUAAAAAUGGAAUAUUACAAUGUUGAUAAUAAACCCCCUAAAAAUAAGA